UGCAAAUUGGCAUAACCUCAAUCUCAAACAUAAACAUUCGCUUGACAAACGUAUUAGUUCCAAAGGCAAAAAUGUCGGUUACGCUGCACACUGACGUUGGUGAUAUAAAAAUCGAGCUAUUUUGUGAGGAUUGUCCGAAAGCUUGUGAAAAUUUCUUAGCAUUAUGUGCAAUGGACUAUUAUAAUGGGUCGUUGUUUCAUCGAAAUAUCAAAGGGUUUAUCGUUCAAACAGGCGAUCCCACGGGCACUGGCAAAGGAGGUAACUCGAUUUGGAAUCGUAAAUUCGAAGACGAAUUCAAAGAUAAUCUUAAGCAUACGGAUCGCGGUAUGGUAUCCAUGGCCAAUUCGGGCCCAAACACCAAUCAAAGCCAAUUCUUCUUCUCAUACGCCGCACAACCGCAUUUGGAUUUGAAAUACACAUUGUUUGGUCGAAUUAUCGAUGGUUUCGAUGCACUUGAUGAACUCGAAAAAUUGUCCGUAAAUCCAAAAACAUACAAACCACUAGUUGAGAAGAGAAUUAACAGUGUGACAAUUCAUGCAAAUCCAUUGGCUGGCUAAUUGUAUGCAGUGGUUGUAUCGAUUGUGUAUUUUAAAACCCAUAAAACUUUAAUGAUAAAUCCUAGGAAAUAGUUCUGAACCAGAAAACCAUUUUUUUUUUUUAAAUAAAGACUAUUUUUUGAGGUUAGACUUUUUUCCUCCUAUUAACCA